GUGGGGAACGUGAGGCUUCCGGCCAGCCUGGGGCCAGGGCGAGAACGGCCCGGCCAUGACUGGGCGGCAGAGUGGGGUCAGGGAGCUGCUGGCCCUUGAGGAGAAUCCGAGAAGAAAGGGUUUCCCUGGGACGGGGCAGACCCAGGACGUCUGACCGCUAUGGAGCAAGAGGAGGACUCGGGCCCAGAGGAGGGCUUCUCUCUGGGGGCCACCCUCUGGUCCUGGGGCCUGCAGCUGACGGAGCAGCAUUCCCAGUCCACCAUGCUGGUGGGGGUUGCCAUUGGAGUCCUCCUGGCCCUGACUCUUGUUGGCAUCACCAUCUUUUUUGUAUACAGAAGGGUUAGCCGAUUCCGACAGAUGCAGCCCACUCCUCAGUACAGGUUCCGGAAGAGAGACAAAGUGAUGUUCUACGGCAGGAAGAUCAUGAGAAAGGUGACCACACUCCCCCACACACUUGUGGGGAGCACACCUGCCCCCAGGCAGCGGGUGAGGAAGAGGACCAAGGUGCUGUCUUUGGCCAAGAGGAUUCUACGUUUCAAGAAGGAAUACCCCACCCUGCAGCCAAAGGAGCCCCCGCCCUCCCUGCUGGAGGCCGACCUCACGGAGUUUGACGUGAAGAACUCCCACCUGCCGUCAGAAGUUUUGUACAUGCUGAAAAAUGUUCGGGUCCUGGGUCACUUUGAGAAGCCUCUGUUCCUGGAACUUUGCAAACACAUGGUCUUUGUGCAGCUUCUCGAAGGGGAGUAUGUGUUCCGGCCAGGGGAGCCAGACACCAGCGUCUACGUGGUGCAGGACGGGCGGCUGGAAGUCUGCACCCAGGACACGGAUGGCACUGAGGUGGUGGUCAAAGAGGUUCUAGCUGGAGACAGCGUCCACAGUCUUCUCAGCGUCCUGGACGUCAUCACGGGCCACACCGCACCGUACAAAACCGUGUCCGCCCGGGCUGCCGUCCAGUCCACCAUCCUCCGCCUUCCAGCCGUGGCUUUUCGAGGAGUUUUUGAGAAAUAUCCCGAGACCCUGGUGAGGGUGGUGCAGAUCAUCAUGGUGAGGCUGCAGCGGGUCACGUUCCUGGCUCUGCACAACUACCUGGGCCUGACCACUGAACUCUUCAACCCCGAAAGCCAGGCCAUUCCCCUUGUGACUGUAGCCAGUGUGGCUGCUGGAAAGGCCCGGAGACAGAUGAGCUACAGCCCCGAGGAGCGGCUCGAGAGGCCCCUGCAGCCCCAGGACUCCUGCGAGCCAGCAGGCCGUGGCGGCAGCUGUGCUGUGGCCUCUGGGCCCGCUGUGCUGAGGAGGAGCCACUCCGUCCCGCUACCUUCGGUCCACGAGGAGGUGGCAAACGAGCGCAGCCAGGUGCAGGCAGCUCACCAGGCCCCUUCAGCCCCACCAGGUGGCAUAACCUGCACCACCUCAGACCUCAGAGUGGCAUGUGACCACGCCCGCAUCCGCCCACACGCAGAGGAGCGCCCUGGGAGCACUGCGGCCAGCAAGUCCAAGAAGAGCGUGAUUGUGACAGAGACACCCUCCGCUGUCUUCUGCUACUCGGAGAGCAGCUCAGAUGAGACUGCAGCCAACGGGAGGACAGACGCCAUCCUCAGAGCUGCCAAAAAGGACCUGCUCACCCUGAUGAAGCUGGACGACCCUUCGCUGUUGGAUGGCCGAGUGACACUACUCCAUGUCCCAGCAGGCACGGUGGUGUCGAGGCAAGGGGACCAGGACGUGAACAUCCUCUUCGUGGUCUCGGGGCUGCUGCAUGUGUACCAGCGAAAGAUCGACAGCGAGGAGGACACAUGCCUGUUCGUCACGCGCCCGGGUGAGAUGGUGGGCCAGCUGGCUGUGCUCACAGGCGAGCCCCUCAUCUUCACCAUCAAGGCCAACCGCGACUGCAGCUUCCUCUCCAUCUCCAAGGCCCACUUCUAUGACAUCAUGCGGAGGCAGCCGGACGUGGUCCUGGGUGUGGCGCACACCGUGGUCAAGCGGGUGUCCUCCUUCGUGCGGCAGAUUGACUUCGCCCUGGACUGGGUGGAGGUGGAAGCUGGCCGCGCCAUAUACAGGCAGGGGGACAAGUCUGACUGCACCUACAUUGUCCUCAGCGGCCGCCUGCGCUCCGUGAUCCGGAAGGACGACGGCAAAAAGCGCCUGGCGGGGGAGUAUGGCCGGGGCGACCUCGUCGGAGUGGUGGAGACGCUCACCCACCAGGCGAGAGCUACCACGGUGCAUGCUGUCCGGGACUCGGAGCUGGCCAAGCUGCCCGCAGGAGCCCUGACAUCCAUCAAGCGCAGGUACCCGCAGGUUGUGACUCGGCUGAUUCAUCUCCUGGGUGAGAAGAUCCUGGGCAGCCUCCAGCAGGGAACUGUGACAGGUCACCAGUUUGGGCUGCACGCUUCGGGCAGCAAGUGGGACUCCGGGAAUCCUGCCAGCAACCUCUCCACGGUGGCCAUUCUGCCAGUGUCAGAGGACGUGCCCCUCACUGCCUUUGCGCUGGAGCUCAGGCACGCUCUCAGCGCCAUCGGCCCCAUCCUGCUGCUGACCAGUGACAACAUAAAACAGCGCCUUGGCUCUGCUGCUCUGGACAGUGUCCAUGAGUACCGGCUGUCCAGCUGGCUGGGGCAGCAGGAGGACGUCCACCGGAUAGUGCUCUAUCAGGCGGACGGCACGCUAACGCCCUGGACCCAGCGAUGCAUCCGGCAGGCCGACUGCAUCCUCAUCGUGGGCCUGGGUGAGCAGGAGCCCACGGUGGGCGAGCUGGAGCGGAUGCUGGAGAGCACGGCCGCGCGCGCCCAGAAGCAACUGGUCCUGCUGCACCGGGAGGAGGGGCCGACGCCCGCCCGCACCGCCGAGUGGCUCAACAUGCGGAGCUGGUGCUCAGGCCACCUGCACCUCUGCUGCCCGCGCCGUGUCUUCUCCAGGAGGAGCAUGCCCAAGCUGGUGGAGAUGUAUGAGCGGGUCUUCCAGAGGCCCCCAGACCGGCACUCGGACUUCUCCCGCCUGGCACGGGUGCUGACCGGCAAUGCCAUCGCCCUGGUGCUUGGGGGAGGGGGAGCAAGAGGCUGUGCCCAGGUUGGUGUCAUCCGGGCCUUGACAGAGUGCGGCAUCCCUGUGGACAUGGUCGGAGGGACGUCCAUCGGGGCCUUCAUGGGGGCCCUGUACUCUGAGGAGCGGAACUACAGCCAGAUACGGAUCCGCGCCAAACAGUGGGCUGAGGAUAUGACAUCAGUGGUGAAGACCAUGCUGGACCUGACCUACCCCAUCACCUCCGUGUUCUCGGGGGCCGGCUUCAACAGCAGCCUCUGCAGUGUCUUCCGGGACAAGCAGAUUGAGGACCUGUGGGUCCCCUACUUCACCAUCACCACGGACAUCACGGCCUCCGCCAUGAGGGUCCACACUGAUGGCUCCCUGUGGAGGUAUGUGCGUGCCAGCAUGUCACUGUCGGGCUACAUGCCCCCACUCUGCGACCCCAAAGAUGGACACCUGCUGAUGGACGGAGGUUAUAUCAACAACCUCCCAGCGGAUGUGGCCAGGUCAAUGGGCGCAAAGGUGGUGAUUGCCAUCGAUGUGGGCAGCCAGGACGAGACGGAUCUCACCAACUAUGGGGAUGCGCUCUCCGGGUGGUGGCUGCUGUGGAAGCGCUGGAAUCCUUUGGCCACGAAAGUCAAGGUGUUGAACAUGGCGGAGAUCCAGACGCGCCUGGCCUAUGUGUGCUGCGUCCGGCAGCUGGAGAUGGUGAAGAGCAGUGACUAUUGCGAGUACCUGCGCCCCCCCAUCGAUGGCUACGGCACCCUGGACUUCGGCAAGUUCGACGAGAUCUGUGAAGUGGGCUACCAGCACGGGCGGACAGUGUUUGACAUCUGGGGCCGGAGCGGUGUGCUGGAGAAGAUGCUGCAGGACCGGCAGGGGACCAGCAGGAUGAAGCCGUGCGACAUCCUCACCUGCCCCAACGCCUCCUUCACGGACCUGGCUGAGAUUGUGUCACGGAUCGAGCCUGCCAAGGUAGCCACUGUUGAUGACCAACAUGGCCCUGCCCUCCACCCAGAUGAGUCUGACUACCAGACCGAGUACGAGGAGGAGCUGCUGGAUGGCCCCCAGGAUGCAUACGCUGACUUCCAGAGUGCUCCUACCGACUUGGGCUCCGACUCGGAGGACGAGCCCUCACUCCGGCACCGGCACCCCAUACUGGCUUCCCCCAAACCAUCCCAGGACUCCUCAUCCCCCUGGCUCUUUGACCAAGAUGGGUAGAGGCCUCCUCUUGGAUGCGUCCUGAAACUAGCAUGUCCUGUGGGUCGGUCUCGGGGCCCAGCUCCCACAGCUCUUCCACAGCCUGCCAGGGAGACCCCGCUGGGGCCCAGGGUCCCACUGUCCAGUGCACCCAGCUUCUCCCGAGCGGGGAGCCAGGCUGGUGUUGGAGUAUCUGGGGCCUCUCCGUACUGGCCGCUCCUGGGGAUGCACUGGGUCCGGACAAGCCCUGCACCCACAGCAGUCCUGGAGGGACUCUGA